ACCAGCAGAGCAGCCGCGCAGCCGGCAGAAUGGAGCGGCGCCGGGGCUGAGCCGGGCGCACUCGGGCCGCCGCAUGUGCCGCGCGGGGAGCAGCUGCCGAGCGGGCGGAGAGCGAACGCCAGGGGCCCCGUCGGAGCGGCCGCAGGAGAAGCGCCGGAGAUGGGAGAGCAGCCCAUCUUCACCACUCGAGCGCACGUCUUCCAGAUUGACCCCAGCACCAAGAAGAACUGGGUGCCUGCCAGCAAGCAAGCCGUCACCGUUUCCUACUUCUACGAUGUCACCAGGAACAGCUAUCGAAUCAUCAGUGUUGAUGGAGCCAAGGUGAUCAUAAACAGUACCAUCACCCCGAAUAUGACUUUCACCAAAACUUCACAGAAGUUCGGGCAGUGGGCUGACAGCAGAGCCAACACGGUGUUUGGUCUGGGCUUCUCCACUGAGCAGCACCUCACGAAGUUUGCAGAGAAGUUCCUGGAGGUAAAAGAGGCCGCCAGGCUCGCCAGAGACGACAAGUCCCAGGAGAAAACCGAGACCUCCAGUAAUCAUUCCCGAGCAUCCAGCGUCAACGGGACGGACGACGAAAAGGCCUCACAUGCGAGUCCAGCCGACACACACCUCAAGUCCGAGAAUGACAAGCUGAAGAUCGCUUUGACGCAGAGCGCUGCCAAUGUGAAGAAGUGGGAGGUCGAGCUGCAGACGCUGCGGGAGAGCAACGCCCGGCUGACCACGGCUCUGCAGGAGUCGGCGGCCAGCGUCGAGCAGUGGAAGAGGCAGUUCUCCAUCUGCCGCGAUGAGAAUGACCGGCUCCGCGGCAAGAUCGAGGAGCUGGAAGAGCAGUGCAGUGAGAUAAACAGGGAAAAAGAGAGCAACACGCAGCUCAAGAGGAGGAUCGAGGAUCUGGAGUCAGAACUCCGAGAAAAGGAGACGGAGUUGAAAGAUCUCCGAAAGCAAAGUGAAAUCAUACCUCAGCUCAUGUCCGAGUGUGAAUAUGUCUCUGAGAAGUUGGAGGCCGCAGAAAGAGACAAUCAGAACUUGGAAGACAAAGUGCGGUCUCUAAAGACAGACAUUGAGGAGAGUAAAUUCCGGCAGCGCCACCUGAAGGGCGAGCUGAAGAGCUUCCUUGAGGUGCUGGACGGAAAGAUCGACGACCUCCAUGACUUCCGCCGAGGACUCUCCAAGUUAGGCUCAGAUAACUAGGGCCAGGCGGGGCCAGUG